AUGCCGAACCGGCUGUCGUCUCCUCCCUCCCCGCUGCUGGCCGCCUCUGACAGUGCCGACGCCGGAGCCGAGGCAUCCUCCUCUCGGGCGGCCUCCUCUAGCACCGCCAAGGCGCACGGAGCGCUUUUGGUGGCCGCGUUAAUCUACUCGGGCCACAACAUCCUCGCUGCCCGCUGCCUGCGCGAGGGUGUCAGCCCGAUCGGCUUCUCGGUGCUGCGAGAGCUGGCCUCGAUUGCUCUCCUCUACGGCUGGGCCGCCGCCCUGGAGGGGCCUCCCUCGCUGCCGCUGCGAGCGCACCGCGCCCGCUUCGCGCUGCUGGGCGCGCUGCUCGCGGCCUUCCAGCUCUGCUUCGCCGUCGGGAUCGCUCUCACCGACGCGACGACGGCGGCGCUGUUCCAGUGCAUCGAGCCCUCGACCGCCGCCGUGCUGGCCGCGCUGCUGGGCAUCGAGCCGCUCUCUGCUGCAAAGGUGCUGUCGGCGCUCCUCGCCGGCGGCGGGGUGCUCUUGCUGCAGGCAGGGCCGCGCAGCCAGCCCGACCCCUCGCCGGCUCGCCCCUCCGGCUCGCGGCUGGCGGGCAUGUCGCUCCUCUUCCUGCAGGGAGUCGGCAUCAGCGCGUACUGCCUCGUCCAGCGGCAGCUGGAGAGGCGGAGGCGCUGCCCGGAGGAGAGGCGCUGCCCGGAGGAGGAGGGCCACCCCCCUCUUUACGGCGCGGUGACGGUGACGGCGCACGCGUACGUCGGCUCGCUCUGCGUGAUGCUGCUCGCCGCUGCAGUCGACUCGCUCGCGCGCCUCGAGGAGCCGCCGCCCCUCUCGGCCGCGGGGCUGGCGCCGCUCUGGAGGCCCGCCGCUCUCCUCGCCGUCGCGUACGCGGUGCUGCUCUCCUCGGUGGUCGGCUACUCGCUCCGCGCGUGGGCGAACCGGCACACGGACGCGAGCGUGCUCGUGCUGUACAAUGCGGUGCAGCCGCCCCUCACCGCGCUGCUCUCCCUCGCCGUCGACCCGGUGGGCAGCCGCUGGGGCCUCUCCGAGGCGGCGGGCACGGCGCUCGUCAUGGCGGCUGUGCUCGUGUGUGCGCGGGGCGACGGGCUCGUCGGCAGGCUUGCGGGCGGCAGCCGCGGCCGAGAGCGAGACCGAAGGGUGCGCAGGGACGAGGCCUGA